GAAACACAAUCUUACGCUGCUGGACUUUGAUAGACUAGUUGAAGGCACAAAAGAUCCGAACCCGUCGUGGUUUGAGGACAGAAGAACAAAAUAUCCAGACCGUUCAAGUAAAGGCUGAGCUCGCUGCCACAGCGCAAAAGCAAGGAUCAUCGGAGGCUGCCUUCGCCGCAGAGCUGCGUCACAUGGAACAACAGCUGGGUGGCCUUGCAAGAAGCAACGAGGCUAGUUACACAGAGGCCAAAGAGUGGAGCCAUGCCGUGCAGGCUGUGCAACAGGAUUUGAAAGCGCUAGCAGAAGAGAAGGAGCAGUUGAAGGAGGAGAUUUCUGCUGAGCAAGCAGAGCGGCAGCUCCUCAGCAAGCAGCUCUUGCGGCAACAGGGGGAGGCCGCAAGCCUGAAGACGGAACAGGGGCACUGGGAGAAGUCUCUUGCUGCUUCCCUGGAGCGACUCUCACGCCUGGAGACUUCGUCACAUGCCAAGGAGGCCAAGGCUGAAGCUUUGGCCUCGAGACAGCUGGAGGAAGUUACCGCAGUGCACAGCCAAGUUGCCACCUGCCAGGCAGAAGCAGAGGAGAUAAAGAAAGAACAGGCUACACUUGGCCGUCGCCUAGCGCCUUUGGAGGAACUUCCCUCACUUGUCGAGUCCUUGCGCAGCACAAGUGAGCUGCAGGGCGAGGAGCUCCGCGAGCUCCGUGAGCUUCGCCAGCUCCCACCGCAGCUGGAGACGCUGCGAAGAGCGCUGGGAGUGGAGUUGUCCACGCUGGCGGAGCGGCUCUCGCGUGGCUUUGAAGCACAGGACGUGGCGAGCGCGGCCCGCCAGAUGAGGAAUGGGACGAAGAGGACGAAGACAUCUUUUCGAACCGAAGACAUGGUAUGGAGGCCAUUGCUAUUAGGGUGGUGGAUAGUGGAGUAAGGAAACCGAAGGCAACCUUCGCUCGAAAUUGAGUGAUUUCGACCCUGUGAACCAUUAGGUGCACCGGCUCAAGAUGGCUAGGCUAGAAGGGCUUCAGAAUGUGGGAAGUCUCAGGUCUCCCGGAGACCGGAGAGGUGAAGGUCAGACAGACUCGGACUCAGAGGUGAAGUUACACUUAAUUCUAACUAAAUUCUAAUUUAUAUAUUGUUUCUACUAG